CAGGCGUAGAGCGCACAACAUACACUGAGCUUUCUAACGGCAGAGCGGAGCUGAGCUGAGCUAAGCAAAGCAGCGCUAAGCGGAGUAAAAAGCACUUUCAAAAGACACAGGCGCGUUUUUCUCAAAAGCGCGCGCAAAAGCAUUUGCUUCAACGAAGGAAUAACAGCAACAACAAUAACAACAACAACUUCCACAGGCAGUCAACGAUAACGGAACGAUAAACGAUUAACGAUCCACGCAACAGUGAGAAUAAUGUCGCUGCAGCCAAGCGUUCAAUCAGGCAAAUGCCCAAUGGAUGUCGGCACGGAACAGCAGCACAAAGAGAAGCAGCAACAGCCGCAGUCGCAGCCGCAGUCGCUGCCGCCGCAGCCGCAGUCGCCACAGCAAAAGCCAGAGCAACGACAACGUCGCUCAAUGCAACUGCUGCCGGUCAUGUUGAUGCUGCUGCUGCUGACGCUGCUCACGCGGCCGCUGAGCGUUCACUCAAAUC